AUGAAAAAUAGAGAAAGUUGGUUAUGUCUGAAUUGCUUCAUCGGUGACAUUUGGUUCCUGACGUCAAACUCAAAAAUAGAAUUAUUUCACCACUUGAGAAAAAACUUGAAAACGACUCAAUUCAAGAUGGACGGCUCACCACAACUGAACACACAAAAUGAGUACGACCCCUCACACUUCUUUGUAAGUCGCGUUUGCUUUAUAUCACAUAAAGGAACAUAUUUAAGUGUUGAUCAUACCAAUACGGUGACUUGGACGAGUCCUGUAUGUGAGGAGAAUGAACUUUUUACUAUGAGUGCUGCACCACGAUUUGGAUUUGUCACUAUCCGAACGUCACAUGGGAAGUUCUUAAGUGUCUCCAAUGGGGAGUUACACGCAAAUCGAGAACUUGCCUUUGAGGAUGAAUUCUUUACAAUAGGCCCCGCACCAGAACAAGGGAAAUACACACUCAAAAGCAUUACGGGAAGGUUUGUGUCGGUGCAGAAGAAUGGAGAUAUUGAAGUGAAUAGACUCGCCGCACAGCAUUGGGAGUUCUUCAAGAUAGAAGUUAGAUCGCAACACCCCGAGUUUCUGUUGGACGUCACAAAGGAAGUGGCAUUUCGAUCACAAGACGGACGGUAUUUAAGUGCACAACCAGAUGGUACAGUGGAGUGGAAUAGAACGGAGUGCCGCGGAUGGGAACUCUUUAGUAUAGUGACUACAUCACGGGAAGGGUAUAUGGCGUUCCGGACAGAAGAUGGAAAGUACUUGAAAGUUGGUGAAGGGGAGGGAGUAGUGACGGGGAAUAUCUUCCCCGAAGAGUCUACAUAUUUUGUUGUUGAACGUGCAAAAGACGAGAAGUAUAGAGUCAGAAGUGUGUUUGGAAUGUACUUGGUAGCUUCAAGUGAUGGGGGGGUGAGACUCAAACGGGGGAUCGAUGAUGACACCUCGUUAAUUAGUAUCGAGCAGUGUUAA